GGCAACAAGGAUGAGAUGGAAUACUCCUACCCAAUCCUCAUCUCAUUCCUGCGCAAUCUUACUGAUGAGCAGUGGCAAGUGAUCUACAAAGGACUAAAAAACCCUAUGACGAAGGAACAGCUUGCCAAAUUGUGCAAGACAAUUGUAACCUUCAUCGCACAGACCACCCUGAAGAUCCUGCUGCCAGCCCUGGCCCGCGUACUUGGGGUAAAGGACUUUGCUGACGACGACACUGACUCACCCAAGAGGGGUGGCAGUGCAAGAUCCUUUGCUGCCUUUGAUCAGGAAAGACUGGAGCUCAUCCAGGAAGUUAGAUAUCUGGCGAAGAAAAUGUAUAAGGGCGGCACAGGGGCUCAACAUCUCAGGUCCCUAACACCCUCUUCUAAGAGUUCCCAGACCUCAGUGAAAGUCCUCCUGGGAAUGACAGAGGACAGAAUCAUCAAAAGUGUCCAGGAGCAACUGUCUGAUCAUAAUAUCCUGUCCUCUUGCCCACCUGAGCUGACUGUUGGUCUUAUCAAGGUGGUGGUCGAACAGCUUAACUCUGCCCUCUCUGCGACCAUCAGCAGAGCCAUUUCAGGGCGGUCCUCCCCUAUUUCUUCUGGUACCCAGGCCGCUGAACAAAUGGUCAACAUGGUCCAGAAAUGUUUUGAUGAUCACACCACCCCAGAGGACCAGAGCUCUACCUCUGUAUUAGAGUCAUGCAUUCCACUGCAACAGAAGAAGUGA